AUGCUGUCAUUGAAAAACUUGAGGGCAGUAACAACCAGAAGACUGUUUAACAGCACCAGUCGAGCGCUACGUGCUGUGGGCACGUCGCAACAUGUGGAUGGAUCUGAUGCUGGUGCGUCUUUUGGCGGGAAAUACCAGGUUGUGGACCACGAAUACGACUGUGUGGUGGUGGGUGCCGGAGGUGCCGGUUUGAGAGCAGCUUUCGGACUGGCAGAAGCCGGUUACAAGACUGCGUGUAUCUCAAAGCUUUUCCCUACCAGAUCGCAUACGGUUGCAGCUCAAGGUGGUAUCAACGCCGCUCUGGGCAACAUGCACAAGGACGACUGGAAAUGGCACAUGUACGACACCGUCAAGGGGUCCGAUUGGCUGGGAGACCAGGAUUCGAUCCACUACAUGACCCGUGAAGCCUCAGACUCUAUCAUCGAGCUGGAGCAUUUUGGUGUGCCCUUCUCCAGAACCGAAGAAGGCCGUAUUUACCAACGUGCAUUCGGUGGACAAACCAAGGAAAACGGGAAAGGUGGUCAGGCAUACAGAACAUGUGCUGUGGCCGACCGUACCGGUCAUGCGCUUCUUCACACCCUUUACGGUCAGGCUUUGAAGCACAACACGCAUUUCUUUAUCGAAUACUUCGCCAUGGACUUGCUGGUCCACAACGGUGAAGUCGUUGGUGUCAUUGCCUACAACCAAGAAGACGGUACCAUCCAUAGAUUCAGAGCCCACAAGACUGUCAUAGCAACUGGUGGCUAUGGUCGUACUUACUUCUCCUGUACUUCAGCUCACACCUGUACCGGUGACGGUAAUGCCAUGGUGUCUAGAGCCGGCUUUCCAUUGCAGGACUUGGAAUUUAUCCAAUUCCACCCAUCCGGUAUCUACGGUUCCGGUUGUUUGAUCACUGAAGGUGCUCGUGGUGAAGGUGGUUUCUUGGUCAACUCCGAAGGUGAAAGAUUUAUGGAACGUUACGCUCCAACAGCCAAGGAUUUGGCCUGUAGAGAUGUUGUCUCUCGUUCUAUCACUAUGGAAAUCCGUGAAGGCAGAGGUGUCGGUCCAGAAAAGGACCAUAUGUUCUUGCAAUUGAGCCAUCUUCCAGCCAGUGUGUUGAAAGAAAGAUUGCCAGGUAUUUCCGAAACCGCUGCCAUUUUUGCAGGUGUCGAUGUUACAAAGGAGCCAAUUCCAAUUCUACCAACCGUUCACUACAACAUGGGUGGUAUUCCUACCAAAUGGUCCGGUGAGGCCUUGACUGUUGAUGAGGAAGGUAAUGAUAAGGUCAUUCCAGGUUUGAUGGCAUGUGGUGAAGCAGCUUGUGUUUCCGUUCACGGUGCCAACAGACUAGGUGCCAACUCGUUGUUGGAUUUAGUCGUUUUCGGUCGUGCCGUUGCUCACUCCGUCGCCGACUCUCUACAACCCGGUCUACCUCACAAACCUGUUCCUGCUGAUCUUGGUAAAGAUUCCAUUGCCAACUUGGACCAAAUCAGAAACGCUUCCGGCUCCAAGCCAACUUCAGAAAUCAGAUUGGCUAUGCAAAAGGCCAUGCAAGCUGAUGUUUCCGUGUUCAGAACUCAAGAGUCUCUAGAUGAAGGUGUCAAAAAUAUCACUGCCAUUGACAAGUCUUUCGCCGAUGUCGGCACAAGCGACAGAUCUGUGAUCUGGAACUCCGACAUGGUAGAAACUUUGGAACUACAGAACUUGUUGACCAAUGCCGUUCAAACUGCUGUUUCUGCCUCCAACAGAAAGGAAUCGCGUGGUGCUCACUCUAGAGAAGACUACCCAGACAGAGACGACGAAAACUGGAUGAAGCAUUCUUUGUCGUGGCAAAAGGACCCUCAAGGAAAUGUGGAAUUGGGUUACAGAAACGUCAUAAGCACAACUUUGGACGAAAAUGAAUGUCCGUCUGUCCCACCAACUGUGAGAGCCUACUAA